CGCUGACAGCUCCGCCGGCCGGCUCCCUCGCUGACCGCCGACUGUCAAUGGAGCUGGAAAACAUCGUGGCCAACACGGUCUUGCUGAAAGCCAGGGAAGGGGGUGGAGGAAAGCGCAAAGGCAAAAGCAAGAAGUGGAAGGAGAUCCUGAAGUUCCCGCACAUCAGCCAGUGUGAAGAUCUCCGAAGGACCAUAGACAGAGAUUACUGCAGCCUGUGUGACAAGCAGCCAAUCGGGAGGCUGCUUUUCCGGCAGUUCUGCGAGACCAGACCUGGGCUGGAGUGUUAUAUCCACUUCCUCGACUCGGUGGCAGACUAUGAAGUUACUCCAGAUGAAAAACUGGGAGAGAAAGGGAAGGAAAUAAUGACCAAGUACCUCACCCCAAAGUCCCCUGUGUUCGUGGCCCAAGUUGACCGAGACCUGGUCUCCCAGACGGAAGAGAAGCUUCUGCGGAGUCCCUGCAAAGAACUCUUCUCCACGUGCGCGCAAUCCGUCCACGACUACCUUCGGGGGGAGCCCUUUCGAGAGUACCUGGACAGCAUGUAUUUCGACCGCUUCCUCCAGUGGAAAUGGUUAGAAAGGCAACCAGUGACCAAAACCACUUUCAGGCAAUACCGAGUGCUCGGAAAGGGGGGCUUCGGGGAGGUCUGUGCCUGCCAGGUGCGGGCCACAGGUAAAAUGUAUGCCUGCAAGCGCCUGGAGAAGAAGCGGAUCAAGAAGAGGAAAGGCGAGUCCCUGGCGCUCAACGAGAAGCAGAUCCUGGAGAAGGUCAACAGCCAGUUUGUGGUCAACCUGGCCUAUGCCUACGAGACUAAGGACGCGCUGUGCUUGGUUCUAACCAUCAUGAAUGGGGGCGACCUCAAAUUCCACAUCUACAACAUGGGCAACCCUGGCUUCGAGGAGGAGCGGGCCUUGUUCUACGCGGCGGAGAUCCUGUGCGGGCUGGAGGACCUUCACCGGGAGAACACCGUCUACAGGGACCUGAAACCCGAGAACAUCCUGUUGGAUGACUAUGGCCACAUUCGGAUCUCGGACCUGGGCCUGGCUGUGAAGAUCCCUGAGGGAGACCUGAUUCGAGGUCGGGUGGGCACUGUCGGCUACAUGGCCCCAGAGGUCCUGAAUAACCAGAGGUACGGCCUGAGCCCUGACUACUGGGGCCUGGGCUGCCUCAUCUAUGAGAUGAUCGAGGGCCAGUCGCCCUUCCGCGGCCGCAAGGAGAAGGUGAAGCGUGAGGAGGUAGACCGCCGGGUCCUGGAGACCGAAGAGGCUUACUCACACAAGUUCUCCGAGGAGGCCGAGUCCGUCUGCAAGAUGCUGCUCACCAAAGACGCCAAGCAGAGGCUGGGCUGUCAGGAGGAGGGGGCCGCAGAAGUCAAGCGGCAUGCCUUCUUCAGGAACAUGAACUUCAAGCGCUUAGAAGCCGGCAUGCUGGACCCUCCCUUCGUGCCCGAUCCCCGUGCAGUCUACUGUAAGGACGUGCUGGACAUCGAGCAGUUUUCCACCGUGAAGGGCGUCAACCUGGACCACACAGACGACGACUUCUACUCCAAGUUCUCCACGGGCUCCGUGCCCAUCCCCUGGCAGAACGAGAUGAUAGAAACCGAAUGCUUCAAAGAACUGAACGUGUUUGGACCGAACGGGACCCUGUCACCAGACCUGAACAGAAGCCGCCCUCCAGAGCCGCCGAAGAAAGGGCUGCUGCAGAGAAUCUUCAAACGGCAGCACCAGAGCAAUUCCAGGAGUGUGCCCAACUCCAAGGCCAGUUUCAACCACCACAUACAUUCUAACCACAUCAGCUCAAACUCCACCGGAAGCAGCUAGCUCCCGAUCUGGCUCUGACGUCCACAGUGGAACCAGCCAGACCCUUCCCCUCAGACGCGGAUCUGGUGUCUCAGGACUGGCGGCCCGCAAUGCUCAGGCCCUGGCCAGGACGGCUGGGGAGCCCUCACCAGGCACGGGGAAAGGUGGUGGUGGCCUCACCUUCACAGCCGAGCCUCGAGGUUUCAAGACGAAGUUCCCACUCAGGUCUGUGGUCAGAGGUGGGCCCUCGCGCCGUGUGGACGGGAUGACUCCUGGAAGCCCCCGGGCCGCAGGACAACGUGCACGCGUUUCCAUCGCCGUCGUCACCAGAACUGAAUUUUGUCUCGAUUUUUAAAGAAAAGUUUUGUAAAUUUCUCUAUCGUCUUGGUUUACAUUUUGUAUAUUUGUAUUUAAAUGAGAAUCCGACUUUGAAGUGGGGGCGGGGUGGGGGGUGUUUCCCAUGCAGCCACUGCUAAGCCACAUGUUUUGAGAUGUUUUAGGGGGAAGGAGAUUGACAAGAAGAGAGGUGCAAGAAACGGAGCAAGGGCAUCAGGGGGAAGUUGUUUGUAUUAGAUGUAGAAACGGAGUCACAGUCCCCUUGAAGGGACCACUGUAUGCACCUACACCCUCUCCAGAGCCUUGGGCUCCCGUGGGCCCCACCCUUCUGCUGUUUGUCCUCUCCUGCCUCCAGUGCCCAAAGAUGCCCCUGAAGCUAGCCAGACCCCAGGCUGGGUCCCCAGGGCAUGGGCUCUGUAGAAUGGCUGCCCCCACACCCUGGGGGCUGGGGUCUCACUUCAAGCCAGAAUGCUUCCCAGAGGCUAGCGCUGGGGCGUCUGUUUUACCUUCUUACAGGGAGGCCUGGUAAGGAGGCAGCUCUGCCACAGACACCUAAGGCGGGGAAGGGCGCGGGCCCCUUCCGCCCAGGGAAGCGAGAAACACUGGGUGCCCCUGAGGCCCCAUCUUUGUACCCAUCCCACCAGCUCAUCCCACAGCCUGCAGGGUUGGGUGUGGGUGCCCCAGGACCCUAGCAAGCUCCUGAGGGCUUCCUAGAGCCCCAGGUGAGCUGGUUGAGGUGGCAUGGGUGGGGCUUAGUCCACCCAGGACCAAGCUCACUGCCUCUUCCAGGAGCUAUGGGCAGAAGCCAGCUCUGGUGGGCAGAGCUCUGUGCUCCAGGUAGGAGUAGCCCCCAAGUGGACUUGCCAGUCCAUGGGGCCUCUGGACGGUCCCUGGGCCCUUAGGGCAUGGCUGUCCUAUCCCAGGGACUCCAGGCCUUCCUUUACUGCCCUCAUGAGGACAGCCCUCCGCCCCCCCCUCCAGGACAGGUGAGUUGGGUGACUCCCCUGCUCCCCGACCCCACUGAGCGUCCAAUUCGACCUCAGACCUGAGCUGUUCACAGUGGGACCUGCCCCCCUGUGUCAGCACCUCCUGUUAAAAUGUAGACUCCCGGGCUCCGCCCCCCGCCUAGUGAGCAUCUGGGGGAGUGGGGCCCAGGAACCUGCAUGGAGCUCUGCCUUCUGAUGCGACUCCAGGGACAGCCACUGCCUCGACCAGUGGGGGGGUGAGGUCAGAGAUUUCAGGAAGGGAAGGGCGCAGAGCCGGCAGCCUCCUGGGUUCCCCAGACCGGGCGGUGUGCUUAUGGACCACACCACCAGCAAGGGGCCUAGGCAAAGUGGGGAGAGAGAAGGUGGAUGUAGCUGGGCUUCCCUUAGCCCAUAGUAUUGUGUUGCUCAGAGCAGCCCUUGGCCUCCAGAGCUGCGUCUUUAAGGUCUCUUACGGACCAGACGGAUAGCAGACAAAAACGGGCAGCCCGGCGCUGCAGUUUCUCUGGGCUGCACAUAGACCCUCCGGCUCCUGCUGACCCUCCUUUCAUGAUGAAGUGGCUGGUCUUCCCUUAGGACCCUCAGCAGCCCAGGCCCUUGCAGAAGGGCGGCGGUGGGGGGUGGGAAGCAGUCUCUCUGGAGACCUCAAAGGCAGUGCCCUGUCCACAUGCAGUCCAGAGCCAGACAGACAGCUAGAGGCCGGGGGCUGCCUUUCCAAGUCUCCAGGGCUCCCACAGAGCCUCCCGCCGGCCUCCUCAUCUACUCGCAUUCCAACUGAGUCUUCCUUCCAGCUGGACAUCCUGAGCCACUGGCCCCUGAGUGUCCCCAGGAGGCCAGGGGCCAGAGUCCCUGGGCCUUUCAAGUCUUCUUCCGGCCCAUUGCUUUGUCACCUGGAUGGGACACCCUUACUAGAGCCUGAAACCCAUCCUUCACCCCCCACCCCAGCCCCACUCCUACUCUAAGUUGGCUUCCUACACUUGUUUUUUCAAAACGAGGUUUGUAAACGGAAAAGAAGGAAGCACUAAAUCGACCCCCACGCCCCCCACCCCAUAUCCCUCUGGGAGAAGGCGUAGCUGGAUGGUGAAUGGAUUGAAGUCUGUUUUCAUGCAUCUGAGCUCUUCCCAGAUAGCCGUCCUCCACCCCCAGGGACACUGUCCUCCAGGGACACUGGCUGACCUAGUGCCUUUGAGGUGAGAUGCAGGGUCUUGCUGAAGCACCUCUGCCGCCCCUUGUCGGAGAUGAGCUGCUGUCCUCGGUGGGGCGGGGGCUGCCUCGCUGCAUUGCCAGACCGCCUCGCGUCUCCCCGCCCCCGCCCCCCAGGAGGACCGAGACUCAUCACCAUAUCCAGAAGACCCAGCUGCCUCCACGGAGGAGCAUCCACUCCGGACAUCACCCCUUUCUCUCAUCCUUCUUGGCCACGGCUUCCAGGCUGCUCACCUGCACAGAAGCUACGUCGGGAGCAGCUGCAGAAGGGUGGCCUGUGUUCCGGCAUGGGAGGACGCAGGUGUGGUCCCGGGGGUGCUGUGCGCUCGGCUGGUGGCCCGCUGGUGGACAACGUUGGUGGCACACUCUGAGGACAAACAUACAGAUGCCCUCUUUGUUUUGAGGCACCACUGGGAUGCCUGCCCUUGAGCCUGGCCAGGCCCUGCCACUCGGAGCUGCGCUCGGGCACCAGUUUGUUGGACAGCCCUCUCCUUCCACGCCCUGACCGCUCCUCCAAAGCAUGGGUCACCUUCCCGGCAGCCUCUGCAAGUGAGCCACUGGCCCAGACGGAAUGCUGACCCUCCUCCAGAGGGACAGGCCUCCUGGGAGCCCCACACCCUCUGUCAGCCUAGCACCCCAGGUCUUGCCACAGCUACACGUCUUCCUGGACAAAGAGGACCUCCGUCUGGGUGAGGUCUCCGCUCUCUCCUCGGGCUACUCAUGGGCCUGAGUAUCCAGACGGACACUGCCCUCCUCCAAGGACAACUGCUCCGAGUUGCCUUCCACUUCCAGAGCCCACGGCUCCCAGAUGAGACACAGCCCGCUUGGUCCUGGAAGGCAAGUAGGUGUGAAAUCUGGGUGUGUUUCAAAGCUUCCUUCCAAUCAUGGCAGACCACCAGGAAGAAGCGUCGCCCACCCCUUCCCGCGUCCCCCUUCCAGGCUCCUUCCGCACUGUUCUACCCACCAACCCACCCUGCUUUGGGAGCUCCAAUGGGGACCCCAGAUUAGACGCCCGCCCAGGUAUGGGGAGCCCUACCUGGUCUACCUUCCGAGGCUGGCUCUAGAAACAGUGUCCUAAAGCAUUCAAAAAGCCAGCUCUUCUGGGGAGGAGGAGGUGUUUUCCCCAAAGAAGAAUCUAGAUGUCUUUCCUGAGCCCACGGCGAAAUCGUUUUGUAUGAGACCACAAGCAAACUCUCUCGAUUCAUCCGUAUUUUGGAGAGAACCGUCAUCCUAGUCGCCAAAGGUUUCUGUUUUUUCCAGGGAGAUGUUAACGCUGGGGAUGAGAGUCGGACCGUGUGGGGCUAUGCUGAAGAUCACUGCUUCUGUUCUCCUGCCGCCCCGACUCCAUGUUUGUGCCGUCUCAUGCGUCGCAGUGCUGCUAGAUCCAGAUCAAACCACUGUCAUUGUUUUUUUAAAGAGAAAUAAAUUCCUUACCUAAAAUAGCAUCGCCUCCUUUCCCUCUGCCGAGCUCCCCUCUCGUCCACUGUGACCCUCACCCCCGAGACGCCUGCACCCCGAGACUCUGAUGCUCUUCAGUUCCCCCUUCCUCAGUGGGUGGCGUCUGUCAGCAAGUCUGACCACAUUCACCAUGUCCCCCCUCCUCACCUGCCCAGAGAUGGUGUGGCUUAGUGGACAGGGCCUAGGGGAACCUUCUGAACCCUUUCCAGGCUCACAAUCUCAGCAGGUUCCAGAAGGGCUGAGGUUCAGCCUUCAGCAGGGCAGCCACAGACUGGAGCCCAGGAGGGGGCCGGCAAGGCAAGGCUACUGCUGUGCUCCAGAAUCGAGGGUCCCGGCCUCAGAACCAAGGCCCACCGGUCCCCUCCCACUUGCUGGGCUCGGUUGUAGAAUGUGCCAGACUCUAGGGCAGCUCAGUAGGGCCCUGAACAGUCUCCAUCUUUCAUUCACAGGGGAGCCUCCCCGUGGGCCUCCUCGGGUACUAGGGCGCUGCAGCCACUGUCCCUGUGCAGAUCUGCAGGGCUCCGUGUCUUCUUGCCACCCCCACAGCCUUGAGAGCAGGGAAGGCUGGGCCCCUGGGGACAGGCAGGCACUGAGGCACAGUCCGGCAGGGCUCGGGCCCUGCCCAGUGGCUCCAUCAGCCCAGUGCUGCCUGGGCCUGGCACCUGGUCGCUGAGCCUGGCUGUCUCAGGAAGAGGGCAGGAAUGAAUGAGCCCGGUGGCCUUUAGAGAGAGUUACGGCUUCCUAGCUGGUCUGUCCACAGGGAUUCAUGGGGCACGUAUGGUGCCAGGUGCUGGGUGCCAAGCUCCAUCAGAGAAAGCCCUUCCUUGAGGGCUGUGCACUCUAGGGGCAGAGAGGACAGAGACUUGGAUCACAGACUCACCUGGGACCUGACUACUGGUAGGUAAAGCAGGGCCAGCAAACUUGAAGUGGGGACGCACCUGGGAGACGAUGGAAUGCAGAUUUUGACUCAGUAGGCCUAGGGCAGGCAAAGGUCCCAGGUGAGGGUGCUGCUCGAUAGACCACCCUGUGAAGAGCCAGGCCUUGGAGAAUCUAAGCCGAGUGUCAGCCAAGGCCUCAAUUCAGAAAGGUCUUUAGUUAAACCAGGACUCAGUCUCAGCGCUGUCCCUUCACUGUCCACUUCCAGGGGAGGAUGUUCUGCUAAUAAUCACUUUCUCCAUGGUGCCCUGGAGAAUUCUCAAAGUCUGGCCCUAAGAAACUGAAUCAGCCUCUCGGGGCUGAUUAGAGAGGCAGGCGCUUGGCCCCGCCCCCGCCCUGCACAGCCAGAGACUCGGGCCGGUCCUGUAGCUGUUCAGGGCCAGCAGGUGAUGCGGAUGCUCACAAACGUUUUGAUGACAGCUGGUUUACAAAAUAAUUUUCAUCUCCUUAGAAGCCCUGGUAGCAUGGUGGUUACACCAUGGGCUGUCGACCACAGGGCUGCAGUUCACAACCACCAGCUGCCCGGAAAGAAAAAAGCCAGGCUGUCAACUCCCACGAAAAGUUACAGUCUUGGCAACCCACAGAGGCAAGCAACUAGGAGUUGGACUCUAGUGAGUUUGGCUUUUCCUCUCACCAAAGCUUCCCAGCAACCUCACAACAAAGUAACGGCCAUUUCUCAAACAAAGUAACAGCUUCGCAAACCAAGACCACAGUGUGGCAGACAGGAAGAGCCACUUCCCCCGUAAACAGAUAAAACAAACCUGUGUAUAAUUGGCUACCACUGUCUUUAAAAACGGGUGAGGGGAUACAUAAGAAAACUAUGUUGCUGUUAAUUAUGUGUGUUGUUAAGACCAAAAA